ACCUGAAGAAAUGAAAUUAAUGCUGUCUCAGCACAACAGUGAAAAUAGCUCUGAGGAAGAAAUCCAGGAGACUUCUUAUCUACUUGAGUGUGUUCGUAAAUUGAAUAUGUCUACAGCAAUGGAGUUCCAAGAAAUGAAAGGCAGAAUAACGCAGCUGCAAAACCACAUGCUUAAUUUCACAGGCCAGUUCCUCAAUAUGGAGGGAAGAGAUGAUUCUCUGAUGCAUUCUCUAAACUCACAGAAUCUUUCUGAGUCUAAGAUGAAUGUUAUGGAAAAACAAUUUAACAAUGCCACUGAGGCUUUGAACAGCCUUCAAAACCGCCUUGAAGAGGGAUUGGAUUCAGUGUUCCUCCAGAUCUCUCAGCUUAAAGAUGAUUUCUAUUUUAUUGAAAACUUCUUGAACCACACAGAUAUGGGAAACUCAAAGUCUUAUGUGUCCACAUCUGAACUCUUAAAGGAAACAGAAGAAGAUACACCUUCAACUCUGUCUCCAUCUUCCCAAAAUUAUGCACCAGUGAAAGACCCAACACACCCAGUUCUUCUGGAUCAUCAGACACAAGUCAUGGAGCCAGAGACAGUGGAAGAGAAGCACAAAAUAAACAUCCCUUUCAUAAAGAAACUUACAGACCUCCAAGUCUUCUUCUAUGGUGCCGACAAAAAUGCAAAUGGAUACCUGACAUUAACUGAGAUAGAAAAGGUCCUGGGAGAAGAUGCACCUCAGAAAGAGGAAUUGGAAGAAUUUGAUGAUGAUAACAAUAAGAUGUACUCCUACCUUGAAUUGAGAAAAGCCCUUGAGCUGACAGAGUAAUUAAGAAGACUAAUUGCAAGGCUGAGAGAUGCAUGCAAUGUUCUGGAUCUUUAUUUUAUUUUACAGGAAAGAAAAUCACUUACAGGUUUAUUUUUUAAUUGGUCAUUCUUUUCGAACAGCAAAAUAUCAAUUAUAUAAUGAGAAAAUGCCCCUUAUUCCCAUAUGCACACCAUAUUUACCAUAGAAGCCAUGUAUUGCAGAAUAGCUAGAGAAGGAGACUUCUCAAAAUGUUUAACUCACUUUGUAAUUGUAAGUACAUAGACAAAAAAGGAAGACAAAGGAAAUAUUGAUCAAAAUGUUUUAAAACCAUGGAUUUAGUAUUAAAAAUUGUUAUGCAACUUAAGCAUGUCUUUUUAAAGUUUUAUUUACUUCAGUAUAUAACUUCUACUUUAUUCUUCCUUAAGUGCUCUAACAGAUAGUCGAUGAUUACUCGUUUACACCCCCCCACCACCAUCCGUUAACACCGUAAUACUAUUUACUUGGCAUACCAAAGAGUGAAAUCCUUCUAUCAUCCACAUAAUAGAUCUGGGAUAUGGAACAGAAAUUACUACAUAUUUUGAUCACAGUGUGUCAGGUGUGGCUUCUUCGGAUGUUUGCAUGUUCCAAAUGGUGAUUUACCAACACCCAGUGACGUGCUAGAGAGGACUCUCAGAGUCCUUGCGACUCCGGGUUCAAAUUCUGUCAUUAUCAAAUUGAAAGGAGUUGUGGAAUGAUUUAUUUGCCUCUGAUGGAGUCACCCUCUUUCUGUAUACAGUUAAAUUACUCCUGCUAGAGACUGCUUAUCUAUAUGCUUGUAAUGUUGUUUCAGUCAGCAUGUUUCUUUUCCUUUGGAAUGGACCAGAUUGCACCAAAUAUAAUUAGCAUUUUAAAGUCUUUUCCUGGGGAAGAUACCUACAGAGUGCAUUACUCCUAUGAGUUCUUUAAUACAACAGCUACAAAUUGAACCCUGUGCUUCACUAUCAGCUUCCACAGUAUAUUUUUCAGAAACAAAAUACAAAUAUUUCAGCCAAGUGCAGUAUAGUAGGUUUGGGCCUGGUACUGUGUCUGCAAAAAUGUCCAUACCUGACUUGACUCACAAAAACAGUUGCAUUAACUUCAGUGGGACGUCUGAUAUGUUUUCAUUGCUGGGCCCUUUGUUGAGAUGUUGCCCUCUUCCUUAGUUAUGAGAGAGCAUUUGCAUUUCAAUGAGAAAUGAAUGAAUAUUUGUCAGUCCAUCCACCCCAAUGCACCCAUACACCCUAAUAUAUACAGGAAAUUCUGGGAAGCCUCUUGUUAAAAUAUUGGAAGAACAUCAUAGUAUGUACCAAAUCCAUGUUGCUCUUGAUAGAUCUCUAAAAGGGAAUGAGAUUUGGUCCCACUGAAGUACAAACUAUAUUUGCACUGUCAUAACAGGAAGGCAGCAUCAUAUAAAGAGGAUAGUAUAUCCCUUCGGUGGAACAUCUGUUGAGCAGCGCCUAGCUCUAAUGGUGUGAUACAAGGCAGGUGGCUGGGGCAAAUAUGCAGAGUAUAACCCUACAUGUAGAUCUAACAGAGUAAAGGCUAUCAACCAAACAUCAGUUGUUCAGAACAUUACAUUUGUUGUGGAAGUCAUGUUUUCCCGGACACUAUGCAAGCAAGUUUAUAAUUUAUGAAAGCUAUUCACACAUCUCAUGGAAAACCUAAGGAACUCAACCCAAAGUCUUCCCUUUUAGAAUGAC